AUGUCCAGACUGUCUUCGAUCUUUCUCAUCGCUUUGGCUUCGCCCUUAACCGCCUUGCCGGAGCCCGCCAAUUCCAAGUUUCAGAAUCAAGGAUCAUGUUCUGGAAACACACCUACUACUCGAGACCAAUGGUGUGGAUUCGAUAUCCACAGUGAUUACUACUCGGUUGUUCCUGAUACUGGUGUGACGAGAGAAUACUGGCUUGAAAUCAGCGAGAUAACCUUUGCUCCGGAUGGAGUUCCCAGAUUCGCCCAAGCUAUUAACGGAACGAUACCAGGGCCAACUAUAUUUGCCGACUGGGGCGAUAAUGUUGUCGUUCAUAUGACAAGUAAUCUGAAGACUUCAUCCAACGGUUCAUCCUUUCACUUCCAUGGCACUCAUCAAAAUUACACAAACCCUCACGAUGGUGUUGUUGCUAUUACCCAGUGCCCUGUUGCACCAGGGUCCUCUGUAACAUACAGAUGGCGUGCGACCCAGUACGGUACCUCGUGGUAUCACUCUCAUUUUGGGCUCCAGACGUAUGAUGGUGUUUACGGUGGUUUGAUCAUUCGUGGUCCCGCAAGCGCCAACUAUGAUGAGGAUGUUGGGACCAUCAUGCUCAGCGAUUGGUCGCACAAGACUGUCAAUCAACUUUUACAUGAUGUCCAGCGAGAGGGUCCUGCGCUGAUGGAUAAUGUUCUAAUCAACGGUACUAAUGUCCAUAGAAAUGAUACCGAUAAGAACCAGACUGGAGAGAGGUUCAGACUAGAUUUCAAGGAGGGCAAGACAUAUCGCCUACGUCUCAUCAACACUGGGAUUGAUACUCUAUAUAAGUUUUCCAUCGAUCAUCAUACUCUCAAAGUCAUUGCGGUAGACUUUGUAGCAGUUAAGCCCUACGAAACCGACCACAUCAGCCUCGCAAUUGGUGAACGUAUGGAUAUUCUUGUCACGGCAAACCAAGCUUCAAAGGCAUCGUCAUUUUGGCUUCGCGCUAUCCCCCAACUUGACUGCACCAGAAACGUCAAUCCUCAAAAUGCGCUCGGUAUUGUAUCUUAUGCAUCGAACAGCACUACACCCACGACGAAAGGACGCAAACACGAGGAUCAUUGCCAAGAUGAGCCUUACGAGAGCAUUGUACCUGUCGUUCCUCGCAAUGUUGGACCUCCUGAGAUGGAAGUCAUACAGAACGCCAACCGCUCUUGGAACUCAGAUGGCAUCAUCAAAUGGGCGCUUAACAGCACCACCAUGAUCGCAGAAUGGGGCGAACCCUCGCUCCUCAAGCUCAAUAACAGCGCCUCAUUCACUAAGUCUAAUGCUGUCAUUCGUGUUCCCAAAAGGGAUGUCUGGGUUUACCUUGCUAUUGAGACAGAGCAGGAUAUCUCUCAUCCUAUCCACCUUCACGGAUUCGAUUUUCAGAUUCUCGCUCAAGGCCCCGGUCCAUACGAUUCAAAUGUCACCCUCAACACAGAAAACCCCCCACGCCGUGACACUGCUCUCUUACCUGCCAAAGGGCACCUUGUGAUCGCAUUUCUCACCGACAAUCCAGGUGUGUGGCUCAUGCACUGCCAUAUAGGUUGGCAUGCUGCGGAAGGCUUCUCGCUACAAUUUGUUGUUCGAGAAGACGAGAUCCCAAGCCUCGUGUCGGACCAGGAAUACAAGGAUAUCGAAGAAGGUUGCAAAGCAUGGAACGACUUCUCACACAAGAUGAAGAUGGAGCAGGACGACUCGGGUAUCUGA